CGUUUCCGCUUCAUUCCGGAAAGUUUAUAAUCGGCGGGCUUUGAUUCUGUUUGUGUAAUGUGGCAAAUUAUUUUAAUUUGACUAUUUUCAUUGAUAAACAUCAAUUUUUAACUGUAAAUUGUGCCUUUAAAAGUAAUCUAAAAUGGCCUCGGCACAAGAAAGAUUGAAAUUGAAACGCCCUUGUGAAGUAUGGAGUGUAAAAGAACAACUUUGUCUAGCGUCGAGUGUUUUAAAGUCGGGCGAUCAAAAUUGGAUGAGUGUUUCACGUUCAUUAAAACCCUUUCUCGAAAAGGAAUUACAAAGACCCGUCGAUUGGUUCUCGCAAAAAGCUUGCGCCCUUCAGUAUGCACAAUUAUUGGAAAAUGCCGACACGCCGAAAAGAAAAAAACGAGAAACAAGUGAGACUAUCGGCGAAUCCAUUGUUCGACGAUUAACUCAAGAGAGAAUUGCGGAAUUAAGUCAAUUUUUAGCAACGCAAAGAGAGGAAUACCAACAAUUAAAAAACGAAUUAAAUCUCCUUAAAUCGGGUAAUAUAGCAGAAGAUAAAUUACAAAAAAUGUGGCUCAACAUUGAACUGGAGGAACGUGAACAAGAGCAGAAAAAUAAAACACACAGUACUUGGUUGGCAAGACGACAAAAACAAGAGGGACAAACACCACAAAUUCUCGGCUUUAAUAUUCAACGAAAAUCCGAGAGUUCCGAAAGUGGACACGAUACAUUAGAUCCAAAUACCGACGAGGAAGAGAAGAAGAAUAAAGGCGGUCGAUCUCCUUUGUUAACGAGUCUUUUAAAAUCACCGAGUCCGACAACUCAGAUCCAGUCGCAAACAUCGUCAGCGCAAGUUACCUCGCCAACGAUUGCCAGUCUCUUAGGUUCUAGUCCGAAAAUCCCCAAUCCACCAUUAACGCAAACAGUCUCAUCACAACUCCAUCAAUUGGUAUCAACGGCAAUUGUCAAUGCAACGCCAGAACGACCAUCAGCCGGUGCUCCAACACUCUCAAUGCUCCUGGAACUACCAGCAAAUUUACAGAGAGCAACACUUUCAAAUUUACAGACACACACCCCAACAGCAACAACAACAACAAUAACAAAUUUACCACAACAAAAUGUUGAUCUUCAAUUAAUGCAAAUUGACAACCAACGAAGCAAUAUUCAAAUAAUUGAACCACCAAUUACGCCCGCCAAUAUGUCCACUUCGGAAAUGAUCGAUCACAUUGACGAAGUUAUUCCAAAGGAUAUAAUGGCUGACGUUAUUGACAAGGACGAAAUCAACGAAAUUAUUGGCGACAUCGAGGAAUUAAUUAAAGGCGAAAUUCCCGACAAUCCCCAAGUUCUCGAUUCAGGAGCAACGAAUAUUAUCGGAAAUAUAAAUCAACCAAUUAUAACUGGAAGGGAGGAAAUCAAAAAUACCCAAGAAACCGUUUCCAUCGCCGAUUCAUCAUCGACAAGUGAAAUGCCCCUCGUGGAAAUUAAUUCAAAUACAUCGAACAUUGCCGAAAUCAUUGGCACAGUUACUGCUGAAAACAAGGAGAAAAAAGCUGAAAACGAAAAUAAAUCCAGUCCGAAGGAAGAAGAACCAAAGGACAAAAAGUCACUCGAGUCCAAAGAAUUGCCAGAAACUAGGAAAAGUACAGAAACAACGGACAAAACGAAAUCAAUAAAUGAAGAACAAACUAUGGAAAUUGAGAAUAAAAAUAACUCCGUCGAAAAAGGAAUCGAGAAACAAGAGUCGAAGAAGACGAGCGAAGCUGUCAAGGAAACGAAUAAAUCCCCAAAUGAGGAAACUAAAUCUUCCAAAGAAGAAGAAGAAGAAGAAGAAGCAACGGCAAAAUCGUCAAAGGAAAUUAAUAAAAAGACUGUGAAAGAAGAAACAAAAAAGUCCACUAAAGAAGAGGAAGAAGGAAAAAAGAAUCCCAAGGAAGAAACCAAGAAAAUUACGAAAGAAGAGACAAAAGUUGCUAAAGAAGAAACAAAAAGGAUUUCCAAAGAGGAAAUAAAAAAGACCCCCAAGGAAGAAGCGAAAAAAAUUCUCAAAGACGAUCCCAAGAAGAAUCCUAAAGAAGAAAUUAAAAAACCCUCCAAAGAUGAAAUUAAAAAGCCCCCUAGGGAGGAAAUUAAAAAGAAUCCCAUCGAAGAAGUGAAAAAGCCUUCUAAAGAUGAUUCAAAAAAACCAACAAACACCGACGAAUCGAAAAAAGUUCCAAAAGAUGAAAAAACUCCCAAAGAUGAAAAAAUUUCUAAAGAGGAUGCAAAAAAGACCCAAAAAGAGGAACCGGCAAAAAAGAAUUCCAAAGACGAAACGAAAAAGUCUACAAAAGAGGAAACGGUAAAAAAGAAUCCUAAAGAGGAAGCAAAAAAGAAUGUCAAGGACGAAACAAAGAAUCCUAAAGAGGAGCAGAAAAGGACCACAAAAGAAGAGACGGUAAAAAAGAUCACGAAAGAAGAGCCGGCGAAAAAGAAUCCUAAAGACGAGGUGACAAAGAAGAAUCCAAAAGAAGAGCAGAAAAAGAAUCCAAAGGAAGAGACGAAAAAGAAUCCAAAGGAAGAGGCAACGAAGAAAAAUUCUAAAGAAGAGACGAAGAAGAAUUUAAAAGAAGAGGCGACCAAAAAAUCCAAUAAAGUUGAAAUCAAAAAACCCAUUGCUGACGAAACGAAAAAAUCCACCGACGGUAAAAAAAGCGAAGAAACUAAAAAUAUAGAAGACACAAAGAAAUUGACCGAAAAUUCAAAACAAGACCCAAAGGAAGUUAAAACAACAAAUGAAGUGAAGGAAACCCGUGAGAAUAAAUCAACCGAAAAGUGUGGAAAUCCAGAAGAAAUUAUCCAAAAUUCCGAGAAUCAUUCCAACAAAAAUAACGAUCAACAGAAAAUCGAAGCAAAUACAACAAAACAAGAUCAAAAUGCAACGACCGAAAUAUUAAGUGUUUCCUCAAAUGACACACUAAUUAAUGAAGAUACAGAAAAAUCUCAAGACAUAAGUCUAAUUCUCGAAGAGGAAGACACGCCCGCUAAUCAAGAAAAGAAAAAAGAUGACGAGAAAAUAUUAUCAAAGGACAUUAAACAAGAAAAAUCCGACAACGACGUUGAAGAACAUCAAAAUAUCCCCGACAAUGUGAAAUUAGAAAAUUUUAAAAAAGAAGACACAAAAGAUUCAUCAGACGGUACAUCAAAUACAGAACUCUUAGAGGCCGAUAUGAAAGAUUUCGAUGAUGACGACGACGAGGAAGAUGACGAACAAACAAAAAUUGACGAUAAAGAAAAGAUUUCGAAAUUUAUUCCAAUUGAAAUAAAAAAAGAGGACGACAUUGGAAUACGUGAGGAGAAUGAAAUACCCGACGAAAUGAGAAGUGAAACAAUCAAGUGUACCAAGGAAGUAAAGGAUGAAAUUGAUGAGAAAAAAAUACAUCUUGACGACAGUGCGAUAUCACGUAAGGAGCAAUCACAAUUUUCGGGCAGUGUUUCCGAAUUGGACGAGGAGGAAUCGUCAUUGAGUAAAUUGAGCGGUGGCAGAGCGAUGAAGACGUAUUCAAAGAGGCAAACAAUUGCAAUUGAUAGCGAACCGGAAAUGGAGAGUAGUGAAGGUGCUGAUUAUAGGGCGUGGAAAAAGGCUGUUAUGUUGGUUUACAAUAGAUUGGCAACGCAUAAAUAUGCAUCGGCAUUCUUACGACCAAUAACCGAGGAUCAAGCGCCUGGUUAUCAUUCAAUUAUUUUUCGUCCCAUGGAUCUGUCGACUAUUAAGAAAAAUAUUGAUAAUGGCACUAUAAGAUCGACGAGGCAUUUUCAACGUGAUGUUAUGCUUAUGUUUCAAAAUGCAAUAAUGUACAAUAAACACGAUACGUUUGUUUAUAAAAUGGCCAUUACAAUGCAGGAAGAGUGUCUUCAGCAUAUGCAGAUCCUAGUUCAAGUUACCGGUGAAGUGUCAUUUCGUCGAGAAACAAGAACGGCAGCAAGUACAAGCAACGAAUCAAGUGAAACAAUUUCAAAGCGAAAAAGAAGUCACAUUACGCCAAGUCCCCACGAUACGGACAAUUCACGAGGAAAGAAACGACGAAAGUCUGAAAAUGACUAAUUAGUUGGUAAUCAUUUUUUUUUAAA